CUUCGAUCUUUCUAAUUUCAAAACAAACUCAUCAUCUUAAGUUACAUAGCAACAAUGGUGGAGUCCCUCUCCUCUUCAAGAUAUGUUUUUUUUAUGAUAAGCAUAUGCUUAUUUGCAGCAUUGUACCAGCCGGUUUUGAGUAGACCGGCUAAAUUUGAGGAUGACUUUAGGAUUACAUGGUCCGAUGCUCAUAUCACCCAAAUCGAUGGAGGAAGAGCUAUCCAGCUCAAAUUGGACCCUAGCUCAGGAUGUGGAUUCGCUUCCAAGAAGCAAUACUUGUUCGGCCACGUGAGCAUGAAAAUCAAACUUCUCCCGGGUGAUUCGGCCGGAACUGUCGCUGCCUUCUAUAUGAAUUCCGAUACGGAUUCUGUAAGAGACGAGCUGGAUUUCGAGUUUCUAGGAAACCGAAGUGGGCAACCUUACACCGUGCAAACCAAUGUCUUUGCUCAUGGUAAAGGCGAUAGAGAGCAAAGAGUUAACCUUUGGUUCGACCCUUCUCGUGAUUUCCACGAAUACGCCAUUUCAUGGAACCACCUCCGUAUUGUGUUCUACGUAGACAAGGUGCCCAUUAGGGUUUAUAAGAACAACGAGGCAAGGAAAGUGCCAUACCCGAGAUUCCAACCAAUGAGUAUAUAUUCCACGUUGUGGGAAGCUGAUGAUUGGGCGACACGCGGAGGAAUAGAGAAAAUCAAUUGGUCGGGAGCACCAUUUUAUGCUUACUACAAAGAUUUUGAUAUCGAAGGAUGUCCGGUUCCAGGACCAGCGAAUUGUCCUGCUAAUCCGAUGAACUGGUGGGAAGGCAGUGCAUACCACACGUUGAGCCCGGCGGAAGCUCGAGGAUAUAGAUGGGUUCGAGUGAACCAUAUGGUCUAUGAUUAUUGCACUGAUAAGUCUCGCUUUCAUGUUCCUCCCCCAGAAUGCUCGGCUGGGAUAUGAUCCAAAUUCAACACACAUUUAAAAAGCAAGAACAAGACCAAGUGGUUCCACAAUCGAUCUGAUCGCCAUCAAGUGUUCUUAUGUAUCUAUAUUUUUGAAUUUUACUUUGUUUCCAUCAUGUCUUAUAUUCCAUUGGUUUAUUAUCGUGUGGACACCAAGUUUGUUUGUUGGAGUAUUAUGUUUUUUUUUUUU